AUGUCAACUCAUGAAGGCGUCAGCUGUGAUGCUUGUGGUAAAAGCAACUUUCGUUGUAAGCGUUUCAAAUGUCUAAUUUGCUAUGAUUAUGACUUGUGCUCCACAUGUCGUGAACAAGAUGAAAUAUCCAGUAAUCACACAAAAGAACAUCCUAUGCAAUGUAUUUUAACGCGACCAGAUUUUGAUUUAUAUUAUUACGGCGAAAAAUGUACAUCUGAUCAACCUCAAUCGCUAACUUGCCCAUUGUGUGGCGAUAUGGGCUUAGGAGUUUCAUUUUUGAAUGAGGUUUUAUCACCGAAUAAUAAUUCAGAACAUACUGAUUUUUUUCAACAUCUUCAAAUAAAACACGGCAAUGAUCAACAAUUAUAUGAAGUUAUUUGUCCAAUAUGUGCUGCUAUGGCGAAUAGUGAAUCAAAUUUGGUAACUGCAGAUCUUAUUUCACAUGUGACUAAUGAUCAUCAAGAUUUACAAGUUAACACACCAUCCUCAACUGGUAGAGAAACAAAUACUUACUUAAGACAAUCAUUAUCAACUAGAGAUUAUGAUUUUGGCAUUGGUGCUGGGCUUCGUAGUGGAUUUCGACGUGGAUCACUAAGAACAACUAAUCGAAGAGAAACUCAAGCAAGAGGAAGUGGACCUGUAAGUCAACAUUUUGUAAUUGACACCUCAUCAGGAUUACCUACAGUUGUUAGUGGAAAUGACCCAAUCACUAAUUUACUGACACAAUUAUCAAAUAUACGACGAUUAGCAGCAGUGAAUAAUAAUAGCCCAUUGACACCGUCAUCAAAUACAAUUAAUCUUCAAACACUUACACGUCUACAAUAUGAACGUGAACGUCUUCGUGCAGUAGGGCGUUCUCAUCAUCAUGUUCUCCCUCCUCCUCCUCCCUCUUCACGUCAUUCUCAGCAAUCAUUAUCUACAUCUAAUAAUGCAUCAUCUAUGGAAAGUGAUAUUUUCGAUUCGCUUUUCUCUUCAUCUCUUUUUACUGAUCCAUCCAAUUCGACUACUAAUAGUCAUCACACUUGGACAAGUAUCCUUGCUCAACAGUCAUCCACACCUGAACAACAAUCUCAAACCUCAUCUAAAAUAAAGACGCCUAUAAAAAUAAGUACCGAAUCUGAUCCUUCAUUAUUACGACGAAUUUGUGAUGAAUCUAUAUGUUCCUCUUCUAUUCUACCAAGUUCAACAGUCAUACAUUCAUCAAAGCAAAAGAAUGAUUUCGUUCAGAGUGUACUUCUUUCUAGUUUUUCUUAUUCAAUUAAUGAUAAAUGA